AUGUCAAAAUAUGAUCCAGAAUUUAUGAGAGAAGCCCUUAUUGUGGCGCAAGAAGCUUAUGAUAAUUUGGAAGUACCUGUUGGUUGUGUUUUUGUAUUAGAUAAUGAAAAAGUUAUAGCUAGAGGUCGUAAUAGACCUAAUGAAAGUCUUAAUGCUACUCGACAUGCAGAAAUUGAAGCUAUUGAUCUUAUUUUAAAAGAAAAUGAUAAAAGUAUUUUUGAAAAAAUAGAUUUGUAUGUAACGGUGGAACCAUGUAUUAUGUGCGCUUCAGCUCUUCGACAAAUUGGCAUUCGACAUGUCUACUUUGGUUGUGGCAAUGAAAAAUUUGGCGGCAAUGGAUCUGUAUUCAACAUUCAUUCUGAGUAA